AUAUCCGAAUGGAAUCUCCAAUGCGCCGGCUCGUUCGUCAAAGGCUUACCGGAGAGUUCUUUCUUCGUCGGAUGUUUAAUCGGAGGUUUGGUUCUCUCAACACUUGCUGAUUCUUCCUUGGGUCGUAAAAACAUGCUCUUUCUGUCGUGUCUCGUGAUGGCGAUAUCAACGAUGCUAACGGUUUUCUCACCCAACAUUUGGGUUUACGCUGUUCUACGAUUCGUUAACGGGUUUGGUCGAGCGACGAUAGGUACGUGUGCGCUUGUGCUUUCGACUGAAUUGGUUGGGAAGAAAUGGCGAGGACGAGUCGGAGUCAUGAGCUUUUUCGGAUUCAUGCUUGGUUUCUUGUCUCUUCCCCUGAUGGCUUACAUAAACAGAGGAAGCUCGUGGAGGAUUCUCUACAUAUGGACGUCGAUUCCGACAAUAAUCUACUGCGUUCUUGUUCGGUUUUUGGUCUGUGAGUCUCCAAGGUGGCUCUUCGUUAGAGGUCGUAGAGAAGAAGCUAUUUCGAUUCUCAAAAGGGUUGCUUCGAUUCCGUCGUCUACUGAUGUAAACAUUGGUGGUGCAAUAUCCAUGAGCUUUUCGAGCUUACCAUUCGAAGAGGAGGAGCAGAAGCCUAGUAAUGUUAACAUCUUCACGACCAUGAAGGCGUUGGUGGAGAAGAGAUGGGCGCUUAAGAGAUUAUCCGCGGUAAUGGCCAUUGCGUUCGGUAUUGGUUUGGUCUAUUACGGGAUGCCUUUAGCGUUAUCGAAUCUCGAUUUCAACAUCUAUUUAAGUGCCGCGUUUAAUGCGUUGAUGGAUUUACCGGCGAACCUCAUCACGCUUUUCCUCGUCGAUAAACUCAGCAGGAGAAACGCGCUUAUCGGAUUUACGGCGUUAGGAGGGAUCUCUAGCGUUCUCAUAUUUGCGUUACAGAAUAUGAGAAUCCGGAACCACGGGGCGUUACAAUUGGCACUAGAGCUAAUUUCCUACUUUAGCGCUUGUUCGGCUUUUAACAUGGAGAUGAUCUACACAAUCGAGUUGUUUCCGACAUGUGUGAGAAACUCAGCAAUUGCAAUGGCUAGGCAGGCGUUGGUGCUUGGAGGGGUUUUCAGCCCUAUCAUGGUAGCGGCUGGUCGGAAAAACGGGGUUUGGUCGUUUGGAUUGUUCGGUCUUGCUAUAGGUUUGAUGGGGUUGUUUGCGGUGGGAUUGCCAGAGACUAGAGGGAGUGAUCUAUGCGACACUAUGGAUGAGGAAGAGUGCAAAGAUCAGCGGAGCAAAAACGAUAUCACCGAUAGGGUGAUUGUUGCAUGAUAUGAUAUGUAAACUUAUUAUAUUAAUGUAAAAUCAAAUAUUAAUCACGUGAUUAUCAUUUUGUUUAUCUAACUUUAAGCUCA